GCUGCUGUUACCGUCCAGUAAUAAGCUUUCAUCUAAACAUCUCUCUCCAGUGAAGUUCUACCCAACCAGAGGCUGACCCCGAAUGAAUCUGCUGAUAUGGGAACUUUCCGAUUGAGAUAAUUAUGUGGAAUUUGUAGCCUGUGAAGAUUGCUUGAAUUUCCUGACACGGUCCUGGAGUUUACAUUCUCUGUGUGCAAUUGCCAAGGAAAAAUGACUGGAAUUCAUCCACUCGCCCCACUGAUUAUAUGGGUUAUCAUUAUAACUACUUUCAAAGCUGCAGCGCCUCAAGUCUUAAAUCCUCGAGGACCCAGACCCAUACCCGGGCGUGGUGACGACCCAGACCCAACUAUGCCACCACCAAGACCACAAGGUUGUGAGACAAUCAUCUACUGUCCAGUCAAGUUGUUUUUCACCAUAGACACAUCCGAGACCAUCGCCUUGCAGGAGCCUCCGCCUGGCAGUCUAGUGGAAAGCAUCAAGGAAUUCAUGAAGAUGUUUGCCCAGAAACUUGAAGACGAGGCAUAUAGGGGCCAGAUCCAGAUCACUUGGGCUUUUGGGGGCUUGCAUUUCUCUCAGAAGCAUGUGGUCUUCAGUCAGUUUACAAACAGAGUGAGCUUCAUAAAGAGUCUCAAUCAAAUAAAAUACCUGGGCAAAGGCACCUACAUCGACUGCGCCCUCAGGAAUAUGACCCAACAGAUGACACACCAUUACUCAGAGAUAAAGCCUGUCCUCUUCUCAGUGGUUGUCACAGACGGUCAUGUGACGGGUAGUCCAUGCUCAGGUAUCAAGAUGGCAGCAGAAAAGGCGCGGGAUCAAGGGAUCCACAUUUUUUCAGUGGCAGCAUCCAGCAACAUCGAUGAACUAGGGAUGAAAGAGAUAGCCAGCUCACCCGUAGAGUUAUACCGGGACAAUUACAUAGUCAUGGAGAUUGUUGAUGGAAGACCAAGGAUGAGCGAGGAGACCAUCGAUCGUAUCAUCAAAGUCAUGAAAUAUCAAGCCUAUCUACAGUGUUAUAAACCUACAUGUCGUGCUGUUCCUGGGAGCCCAGGACCAAAAGGGCCCUCAGGUCCAAAAGGUGCUAAAGGUGAAAGAGGCAAAGCUGGACCAAAAGGUCAGAUAGGCAAUCAGGGUGAUCCUGGGAUUGAAGGUUCAAUUGGACGACCAGGUCCAAAGGGAGAAAUUGGAUUUAAAGGUGAAAAGGGUGAAGUUGGAUCAAUUGGAGCAAAGGGAAUAGCUGGUUCUCCUGGAAGGAAUGGAACAGAUGGACAAAAGGGUAAAAUUGGCCGUAUUGGAACUCCUGGCUGCAAAGGGGAUCCGGGUGAGAAGGGACUGGAUGGAUACCCAGGAGAUGCUGGUGACUCUGCAGCAUCUGGAGAAAAAGGAGAAAAGGGGAACCCAGGAGUUCCUGGAAAGCAAGGCCCUCGUGGUCCUAAUGGUAACCCAGGACCAAAGGGUGAAAAAGGAACCACUGGGAAUCCGGGACCACCUGGAGAAAACGGUGUUCCUGGGCUCAGUGGCAGAGAGGGACCCAAGGGCGACCCGGGCAGGAGAGGAGAUCCUGGCGUGAAUGGGGAACCAGGACUUGGUGGGAUCAAAGGAGCAAAGGGAGAGCGAGGAGCACCAGGGGAACGAGGUCGACCUGGGGAGGAUGGAUUUAAGGGUGCUAAGGGAGGUCUUGGACUUCCAGGACCAAGGGGUCGGCCAGGAGAACCAGGCAGCGCUGGAGGAAAUGGCACUGAAGGAAAUCCUGGAGACCCGGGACCAAGAGGAGAACCUGGACCUCCAGGACCAAAGGGAGAACAAGGAAGACCAGGAUUCAGCUACCCAGGACCAAGAGGACCUAAUGGAGACAGGGGGGAUCCAGGCAAAAGAGGGCCCCGAGGGGCCAGAGGUGAAUGUGGUGCCAAAGGCGAUCCUGGAGAUAAAGGAGAACCAGGAGAGCCUGGGGAACCAGGCCAUCCAGGAGAGCCAGGAAAGAGAGGACCCCAGGGAGAAGCAGGAAAACCUGGGGGUCCAGGACCAGACGGGGAUCCUGGGCUCACUGACUGUGAUGUCAUGACAUAUAUCAGAGAGACAUGCGGUUGUUGUGACUGUGUGAAGCAAUGUGGAGCUCUGGAUAUUGUCUUUGUAAUCGACAGCUCUGAGAGUGUCGGACUGUCCAACUUCACCCUGGAAAAGAACUUUGUUAUCAACACCAUCAGCAGGCUGGGAUCCAUGGCCUCCGACCCCAAAUCACCAACCGGUACAAGAGUUGGAGUUGUGCAGUUCAGUCAUGAAGGAACCUUUGAAGCCAUAGGUCUCGAUGAUGUUUCCAUAAACUCCAUGUCUUCAUUUAAGACGGCGGUGAAGAAACUUCAGUGGAUUGCAGGGGGCACUUUUACACCCUCUGCACUCAAGUUUGCCUAUGAUAGCUUGAUCAGAAACAGCAAGAGAGCCCGUGCUAAGGUAUCUAUAGUGGUGGUUACAGAUGGUCGUUUCGACCCUCGGGAUGAUGACAGUCAGCUCAGGUACCUCUGCAAUGACCCUAAUGUGGUAGUGAAUGCCAUUGGGAUUGGUGACAUGUUUGAUAAGAAGCACGACAGUGAGACCCUGUUGUCAAUAGCCUGCAAUAAUAAGAACCGAACUACUGAGAUGAAGCAAUACACAGACUUGGUGGCUGAUAACUUCAUUGAGAAGAUGGAAACGGUUCUAUGUCCUGAUCCGAUUAUCAAGUGUCCAGCUCUUCCCUGUGAAACUGAUCUGGAUGUAGCUCCUUGUGUUGGACGACCUGUGGAUCUGGUGUUCCUGCUUGAUGGCUCGGAGCGGCUUGGGAUGGAAAACUUUGACCACGCCCUUCAGUUUGUUCAGAUGGUGGCAAACACGUUGACAAUAGCCAAGACCAGAAGUGACCAAAAAGGGGUUCGCCUGGCACUAAUAGAGUUUGGCAAGGAGAGUGAAAACCAAGUGGCCUUUCCCCUUACACACGACCAGAAGGGUAUUGCUUCGGGUCUAUCAAGUUUACGUUACCUUGACGUUUCAUCAGCUGUUGGUCCUGCUGUCUUUAAAACCAUCAAUGAGAUUAUGGGCAAAGGAGCCGCACGGAAGACAAGACGUGGUGCCGAGAUUUCAUUUGUUUUCAUCACAGAUGGCUUUACUAACAUUACCAACCUAGAUGAGGCCGCUUCAGCGAUGCGCAGGGAACAGAUUGUUUCAACUGUGAUUGCAACCGGAAGUGAUAUGGAUGAAGACGUCCUCAUAAAGUUGGCUAUGGGUGACCGGAACGCCAUCUUUAAGGGACCGAAAUUUUCUGAUCUCUUACAACCUAGUUUGUUUAACCAAUUUAUCAGGUGGGUUUGUUAGCAAGACUGUGCUCAUUGUGAACAUCAUACUGGUGCUACUCUUACUUUGGUAUUUUUCAAUAGAUGAUUUAAGUUUAAUGCAACCUUGUAUCAAAAAUCAUGAUCAGGUCAACUUUGUACUACUUUCACAUCAGUCAGAUCAUUAGAAAAUUUGCAAAAACUGAAAUAUUUGUUGUUUAUUAAGAUGAAAGAAGCUUAUGGUAAGAGCUAACUGGCAAAUGCCUAUAUCAUCUAGCCAGAUUAUUUUUGGUUACUUUUUUUCUGAUUACUUUUUUUCUUAAUAGGUUAACUUACAAUGUAAAAUGGUCUACAAAUACAAAAGGUUUGAAUUUACUUUUAAAGUUAAAAGAAACUCAGCCUCAAUACAAAAAAAUUAUACAAUAUUAAUUUUUUUAAACCCUUUUAAACGCAUGCAAACAAACCAAACUCUCAAACACAUAUUACAGGAAAACUGGAUUUGGCUACUCUGUCUGUUAGCACCUAAAAUUAAAGACACCGGUUGUAGACCGCAUCGUGCUCCCUCUAAUCCACAACUUAAAAUCCAAUAUGGUUGCCUUCUUUUUCAAAAACAAGGAUGAGGAAAGUAAUAGUUCAUUUAUUUGAGUAGUAAGUUAUACAGAGGCUUGAACUCUGUUAAAAUGUUUCUAAAUUCUUUAAAUUUAUAAAAUAUAAGCCUUAAAUUUUUGCCUUUAAGUUACAAAUCUGAGUUUUUUUAUCUUCAAGCAACUGAAACAGAUAAAAAGAUAGUUGAAGAUGUCCAAAGACAGGUUCUUUUAAUGAGUUAUAUGCAGUUACACCUGCAGUCGUCAUUUAAUAUAAAUCCUGGUUAGUUUAUUGUCCCACAAUUUCCACAUUGUAGGACAAUAAAGGGAUUUUCUAUUCUAUUCUAGUUGGUCCAAGAGGCUGGAAGUGAAGGGGCUCAGAAAGAGGCGACUUUAGAACAAAAUUUUUUCCUAAUUUAAUAGCAAUAAUGUGAUUGCCUAUCCAAGGUGUGCCCACCCUUUUGCCAACUGACAACCGAAGAUAGGCUCCAGCCCCGGUGUGACGCCAACCCUUAUAUAAACUGCUAUGACAUAUUUUAAGAGUUGUUUAAAACUGUGUCUAGACUUCUUUCUGAAUAGCUAACAGGUUCAUUCUGUGGAACAAAAAAUCUAGAUUUAUACCAGUUGAAGAUGCUGUGACAUAUAAAAUAUAUUUAAGAUUUCAACAGCCUUUAACUUUUUAAAAGAACGUCACAUGAACAACUUUGAUAUCUGGGUGUGUUAUAGUGUAUUUUUUUAGAUCUGGACUUUAAUGUCUUCAGCCAUUGGUGUCCCAAAAACGUCAGGUUUAAAGAUUUUUUUUUUAAAAUCAAAAUAGAAAAAAGUUUUAACCCUUUACCUGUUCAAGAAUGAACUAAACACACAUUGCCAUGAAAUAAGCAAAGCAAUCUAAUUUCUGUAUCAUGUUAUGUUUGAUUAUAUCAAGAGACUUGCAGGGUUCCCGGUUUUCACCAAACAUCCUACACUAUUAUUUUUUGUUUCAAGUUUUUAAAAAAA